AUGCGUUACUUAACAAUACUUUCCGCACUAUACUUCACCCUUUUAUACUCGUUACCCACUCGCGCCCUCACCGGGGGCAAAGCAUGGGUCAACUUCUAUAAAGAUUGUCCCAACGAGAUACUAGAGAUCGAAGAAGUCACAAUCAUCGUAUCUUCCCCGAAACAAUCGGCAGGAAACCGAGCACAAAGCCCAUCAUCACCUAGUGCAUCGCACUCCAUUGGAGCAUCAUCAUCCAGCUCAGUCUCCAUUAUUCCAUCAUCUUCUGCAAUCCCAUCAGCAUCAGCAUCAAGCAUAAAGCUACUCUCAGCAUCAACGUCUUCAUCCUCGGUACUCUCCCCAAAGUCGAAAUUCCGCUCUGCUCUCGCAGCCCGCAACACUGAAAAGUCCACAAUCCGCUCUCCAUUCGUCAACAUCACCCAGGGCCAAUGCGAACCAGUCCCCAUCGUGACGGAAAGACACAUCGACUCAAGUUCCGUAUCCGUGGGCACUGAACUUCUCACAGUCACCCCCUUUCAAGAAUGCAAUAUUACCGUGCAUGAAGUCCCCGGAUGUAUUGAUGAUCCCCUGCUUGUUGCUCCUGUGAAGAAUCGAAAGGCGGAAAGUACUUGUACACCUAGGAACUUUGGCGCGUUUAAUGAUGUGUGGGUCAGAUUGGAUUGCUCGGAAAUCGGUACUGCCUUGAACAAAUUCGAUACGGCUCAGGAUUCCGCCUCGAAAACCCGGCCGCUUCAACGUGUGUUUUGA